UCUUGGCUCUCUGCGGCCGGCGGAAGAACAGGUCAAACAAGACGAAUAUAUCAUGACAAAGAGGUAAUUUUCAACAACUGAUUCAAUAUCUAAGCAACUCCAUUGAUACCGGUAAUAUGCAGAGAGACAAGAAUGCAUAGACCGCACUAGAUGGAUCAAUUACCAGUCCACGUCCUCAUCGACAUACUCUCAAGGCUACCAAUCAAACCCUUGACGAUAUGCAGCUGUGUAUCGAAAUCCUUUCUCAAUUUAACCCGCGACCCUCGAUUCACACAAGCCCACCUCUCACGCUCACCCUCAUCAUUAUCAUCCCCAGAUUUCCUCCUCCAGGGCCUCUGCCCAGACCACUAUGGCAAAAUCUACUUCCUCGAGCAGAACCGACAAGCCCUCGGUGAUGACGAUGAUCACUACACUCUCACGGAUCUCCAAUUUGCAAUACCCGGUUUCAACUGUUUUCGAGACGUAGGGUCUUGCCAUGGCUUGCUAUGUUUGGCUGCCAACAUGUUGAGAAACCUAAUUUAUGUUUGUAACCCUUUUACUCGAGAGUACGUGAGGCUUCCGACCCCCCGAUUAGCCCCAGCUUGCAGCACCAUCCCCAUUCAAAGGGGUUUUGAACGAGUUUUUGAAUGGUGGUGCUCUUCAUUGGUUGGUUCAUCCCCUGUUAAUGUGAUUCUUUCGUUUGAUGUUGGAGAUGGAGUGUUGAGGGUUAUUCCUUUUCCUGAUCAAUUUCGACGUGAGAAAGGUGGAUUUUGCUCUUUAAAAAUUUUGAGUGGGUGUCUUUCGAUCGUGAAUUGUUCUUCGUUUGGCAAUCCUGCUGACAUAUGGGUUAUGCUGGAUUAUGGUGUUGAGGAGUCGUGGACCAAGUGUUUCACAUUGAAGGAUAGUGAGGUUAGGUCGGGUAUUUAUCAACCUUUAUGCUUUCAAUUAAGAGAUGGUAAACUUUUGUUUUCGUAUAAUUGUCACGAUUUACGUUUGUAUGACCCCCAAACUGGGAGAAUGAAAAUGCUUAAGAUUCGCGGACUUCCUUGUUUUUUUGAAGCGUUUACUCAUGUGGGGAGCCUUGUUUCGCGUCCAGGAUGUGGACCAAAUUAACACGUAGAACUGAGGAAUGCAGAAGGGGAUACAAUUGCACGUAAACCAGCCGAAGAUGGAAUGUUGAAUAAAGAAGAUGGUAGAAAGUUGAAAGGGAAAAUUGGAAUGUGCGGGAUUUUUCGAGGAAAUAGC